AUGGUGGAAGAUUGCCCAAGUCACAGCUCCAGUGAGCAGGACGCCUUGCUCCAGAAACUUCAGGCUCUCUGGGCAUGGAGAGACAUGGAAAAGCUCCGGGAAGAAAUGCGCCUGGGCUUUGCCAGCCUGUGCGACCCAUUGGCGUGGCUCCUGGAUGUGCUGGAUUGCUGUGGGGACUGGAGAGGGCCAGGCUUGCUGACCCACAUUGUCCGCGAGCUGCAGGGCUGGAUAAAGAGCCAUGCCAGUGAUCAGCCGUCUGGCUUAAAGCUGAAGGCGCUGCAGGCCCGUCUCUUUCCCGUGCUCACCCGGUGCAAUGUCAGCCUGAUGCAGCCCCUGAUCAGCAUCUAUCAGCUCCACACCGCAGACCGCCAGCAUUUGCUGUGCUUCGUUAGCCAGCUCUGCCAACAGGGGAAGUUCAAAGAGGCUGCUACUUUAAGUAUAAAACUGAAACUUCAACCAGACCUGGAAUUUGAGAAGAUGUGCGUUCCGUUGCUGCUUCAGGACAAAAUAGAACUCGUCGAAGCUUACGUGGAAGGCAGCCCUGAGCGGCAGCAGAGCCUCUUGCGACUCCUGGACUCGUGGUCCAUGCCAGGCUUCCAGGCCAAAGACCUGGCAAGACAGUAUCAAGCCCUGCCUGGCAAGUGGCCGGAGAAGAUCAACUGCAGGAGGAUGCAUAAAAUGGCCUUCCGGUUGCUGGACAGAUACAGCCUGGGCCCAGAGCUUUGUCCCCAUAUUCUCAACCAGCGACACCUGGGCACUUUGAAAUACCUACUCCACAAGAGAUUUGUUGAGAAAUCCAUGACGCAAGAAAACUGGGCAGAUCACAUCCAGGGCAUCGUCCAGGACAACCGGUGGCUGCAAGAGCAGCUGGUGCAACUCCUGGCCCGUUACGCUGGCCUGGGGGUUGCUGCCCAGUGGGCCCGGCACUACAGCCUCCUCAGGGACAGCUUGCCGCCUGGCCUGGCAGACAGGAUGGAAGAGCCGGCCGGCCUGGAGAGGGACGAUGCUUCAGAGCAGACCCCUUGGGACAGCACAAAGGAGGGCUGCUAUCGGCUCCCCGUGUCAAGGGGAGACAUCCUUUUCUUAUCAACCUGGGAAGAGGUGAUGGCGUGCCAGGAACAGGUGCUCCAGCCUGGCCAGGUCGUUGGCAUUGACAUGGAAUGGCGCCCCUCGUUCAGCACCAUCGGAGGGAAGCCGCGGGUCUCCGUUGUUCAGCUGGCGAUUUGGGGCCACGUCUUCCUCUUGGACAUGCUGCAGCUGCUCCGGCAAGGGGAACGGGGGGCGCAGGCUGCUCUCUGUGGCUUCUUCCAGACUCUCCUGGCCGACCCAGCCAUCGUGAAGCUAGGCUAUGGGAUGUCAGGAGACCUGCGUAACCUCAUAGCAACCUGUGGCAUUUCCAGAGAUGUGGACCUGCAACUCUGUGGAAUUCUGGACCUCCAGCUGAUACACCAAAAGUUGCCCAAGCGCUCCAAGAAGAGCUGCCAGCCACCACUGGACCCCUGGCAGGCGAAGGACAAGGCCUGGGGGAGCAGGCCACCCGAGAAGGGGCUCAGUCUGCUAGUGCAGGAGGUCCUGGGCAGACCCCUCAACAAGACAGAGCAGCUGUCCAACUGGGAGAAGAGGCCCCUUCGGGAGACGCAAAUCCUUUACGCAGCCUCUGAUGCCUACUGCUUGCUGGAGGUGCAUGCAAAGUUGUUGAAGGACCCGGCUGCCUUCGGCCUGAGCGCCGAUGUGGUGGUGGUGAUGAGGAAAGCCGGAGAAAGCCCCAAGGCGAAAGCAGGGAAGCUGCCCAGGGAGCCGGAGAGGCCAGCAUCCGUCCUGGAAGAGGCCCCCAGAGCUUCAGUUGGCAUCCUGGUGCAAGACUUCCGCGUGGUCUGCGACAACAUGCUGCAGGGCCUGGGGCGAUCCCUGCGCUGCCUCGGGGUGGACGUCCGGAUCCUGGGGAACGAUGAGGAGCACCGGAGGGCAGCCGAGAUUGCCAGGGAAGAGAAUCGAGUGAUUUUAACCUCUGGCCUUCCAUUUCAUUCGCUGCGGUCCCAAGUAGGCGAAGGUCAGUGUUUCUCGGUCAGCUGCUCGGAGAAGGCCAGGGACCAAGCCCUGCAGGUCCUGAAGCACUUCAACGUCCGGGUGGCCCUGGCUGAUGUUUUCAGCCGCUGCCAGGCCUGCAACUGCAGCCGGUACGUGAAGGUCUCGAAGGAGAGGAUGGCGCUGCUGAGGAAGCAGAGUGGCUGCUGGACGGGGGAGGACGGAGAGGCCUGUCUGGGAGAUCCUGGCCCCACCGCCACCGUGGAGCCCCCAAGUCAUCAACCUGCCUGCAGUCCCAGAUGGGAGGGGCUGGAAGCGGCGGGCCCAGGGGACGAACCCCCCCUGCUGCCCACCGGCAUCCGCUUGAGAGUUGAGGCCGUCCCACCCGGGGUGCUGUCCAAGGAAGAGCCGGACUGCUUCUACUGCUGCAGCCAGUGCGGCCAGGUCUUCUGGGAGGGCUCCCACCUGGGCCGCCUGGUCUCCCAGUUCAGGGAGGUGCUGGACCUGCCGGAAGAGAGCUGAACUGGGGCCGGGGCUUGUCCGUGGGCUCUGCUCAGGAAUGGGGAGGGUCCCAGGGCCCCUCAAAGCC